AUGAUAGUUAAAUUUAGUGGUAGUUCUGACACAACGUUGAAUAAUAAAUCAUAUACAAUGCAUAAUUUAAAAUCAGUUAGAGAUGUAUUUAUACAAAUACACAAAGAUAUAACGGUCGAAUUUACUAAUGCUGAUGGAAGUAUUAAAGAUGGUGUGCUAUGUCUUUUAGAUGAUAGUGACUGGGAAUUGACAAAUUGUUAUGAAUCUGAUAUUAAGAAUGUACACACUAUUACUUUGAUAAAUACAAUUCACGGUGGAUAA